GAACAGCGAGCAACUUGUUCGAUUCAAGUCAAUUCGCUUUUCUACUGCAGAGACAGAAACCAGAAUCUAAGCAACAGACAAAGAGAUGGCUGACGACAAGCCAGACGAGCAGACACCUACGCCUGAAAACGCUACAAUCUUGCAGGCGUUCGAGUGGUACAUCCCAGAUGACCACACGCACUGGAAACGGCUGGCGCGCGAUGUUCAAAAGUACAGCGAUAUGGGCAUCACCGCGCUGUGGAUCCCGCCCCCUUGCAAAGCCUCUUCUCCCUCCGGCAACGGCUAUGACAUUUAUGAUCUCUGGGAUCUCGGCGAGUUUGAUCAGAAAGGCUCUGUGCCGACCAAAUGGGGUUCCAAAGAUGAUCUCCUCGAGCUCUCGACCGCGGCCGAUGAUUGCAACGUGCUUCUCUACGCAGAUGCUGUGCUGAAUCAUAAAGCAGCCGCCGACAAGACUGAGAAGUGUCUUGUUGUGGAGGUCGAUCCGGAUGAUCGCACAAAGACAAUCUCUGAGCCGUACGAGAUCGAAGGCUGGCUUGGCUUCGACUUCCCAGGCCGAGGCGACAAGUACUCCGCCAUGAAGUGGCACUGGGAGCAUUUCUCCGGCACGGACUAUAACGCUGCGAACGAAAAGACGGCAAUCUACAAGAUCCAGGGCGAGUUCAAGUCAUGGGCGCAGAGCGUCGACACCGAGAAAGGCAACUUUGAUUAUCUGAUGUUUGCCGAUAUCGACCACGCCCAUCCGGAGGUGAAGAAAGAUAUCAACGAAUGGGGUGUGUGGCUUGCGAAACUGCUGUCGCUGCGCGGCAUGCGGUUUGACGCGGUGAAGCAUUUCUCGGAGGAUUAUCUGCGUGAGUUUUUGGACUACCUGAAGGCGAACGUCAACGAGGACUUUUUCUUUGUCGGCGAGUUUUGGAAGGACUCGCUCGCGGACAUGACUGCGUAUCUUGACCGCAUGCAGGGCUCCAAGUUCAGCCUGUUUGACGCGCCGCUGGUGUAUAAUUUCUCUGAGGCAUCGCGCACCGAGUCGUAUGAUCUCCGCAAGAUCUUUGACGGCUCGCUGGUGCAGGUGCGGCCGGUGGCUGCGGUGACGCUGGUGAUGAAUCACGACACGCAGCCGCAUCAGGCACUCGAGGCGCCGAUUGAGGGGUUCUUCAAGCCGCUUGCGUAUGCUUUGAUUAUGCUUAGAGAGGAGGGGUAUCCUUGUGUGUUUUGGGGCGAUCUCGAGGGCAUCUCCGGGGAGUUUAAGGAGGAGCCGUCGUGUGGAGGGCAGUUGCCGGACAUCAUUCUCGCGCGCAAGCUGUAUGCGUAUGGAAAGCAGGAUGAUUAUUUUGACUUUUCUACCUGUUUGGGCUGGGUGCGACACGGCACAUGGGACAAGCCGGCCGGGAUGGCGGUCGUGAUUUCGAACGCGGGGCCGGGCGAGAAGAGGAUGUUUGUGGGCGAAGAGCACAAGGACGAGGUGUGGACGGAUGUGCUUGGGUGGCAGGAGGGAGAGGUCAAGAUCGGCGGGGACGGGUUUGCUACGUUUACCUGUCCUGGGGUGUCGAUGGCGAUCUGGGUGAAGGAUGAUGCGCCGGGGAGAGAUCAGUUUGGAGGGUUCAAGGCGGGAGUUGGGUAUGGCAAGGAUGAGUGAUGUUCGAUAGAUAACGACAAGAAAC